ACAUGAAAUCGCACGAUGUUCGCAUCAGUUUGAAUUUCUAUUUUGUAUUUUUUGCUAGCGUAUGGUGUUGUGUUGAUUAUAUUAUUUAUUUUGUGUUUAGAUAUUACGGAAAACUUAGCUCCAACAAAUUAUAGGACAGGAAAACGUAUAGUUUAACUGUGCGCGAAAGACUCAUGAAUAGUGUAAACAGAUUUUGUUGUUGAAAUUGGUCAGAAGAUUUUUCAAUUUAUAAGAGACUUUGGGUGUGUGUGAAGCGAGUUAUACCACCUGUUUGGGUUGUGUUGAGCCUGUUGAGUGCUGCGACCCUACCGGCGGGAUAUUUAACCUCAAUUAAAGGACUACAUGACGUCAUCGUUCCUCAUCUAGGAUUAACAUUAUCUAGGAUUUGCAGAUAUAAGUGACAAUGUUUGACAACUAUGGACACAGCCAGCCGCAGACUCCGUCAACUCCACCGGCUCCACAGAAGGUGCUGCGGUUUGACAAGGGCUAUGUCACCACUAUGCCGGGAAUCCUCAAAGUUGUACAGCUGCUAUGCAACCUUAUUGGUUUCAUCUGUAUAAAAGUGGCAUGGGGCGUGUGGGUGUCGUCAAUCUUCUACAACCUGCUGUACUGGAUCGGCAUCAUCAUCACAGGAUUCAUACUCCUGGCUUACACCUUCCACAUGGUGGAGAAGUAUGACCGCUGGCCGUGGCUGAAGCUGGAGUUCUUCUACUGCUGCGGUGUCGCUCUGAGCUACAUAAUAUUGAGUAUAUUUGCCACCACUAUCGGGGAAAGCGUUGGAUAUGCAGUCGGGUUCUUCGGUCUCUGCGCGAUCAUAGCGUACGGAUUCGAUGGUUUCCUCAAGUACAAGGCAUGGAAGCGAGGACUACCACCGCAGUAGACUGCUACACUCUCACCAACCUCACCGAACAUACCACAUCUAGGAUAGCAUUAACUUAGGGUAAGGUGAACAGGCAUAUUCUAUGGUCCUGCUUAGAUAUUGUUAUUUGUUUUUAAUUUUAACACCAUUCUGCCUCUUAAAGCGACAUACCGUCCCCUUAUUUGAAAAAUCACAUUCGAAUGUGAUUUUUGUUAACAAAACCCUGCAAUAUACAAGUUAGUUUCAAUCCAGGUAAUAAUUUGUGGUGUAAAUUUUUACCCACAUUGUAAUUAAUUUAAUGAAAUCGAAGUUUUGUUGAACAAAAUCACAUCAGGAUGUGUUUAUUCAAAGAGGCGCUUACGAGGUUUUCACUAUAAUGCUACGAUAACAUAGAAUAAGGAAUAAUAACUAACGUAUAGAACGGCAACUGAUCCGGCGGACCCCGUCACACGUCACACACACACAGAUGCGCGUGAACAAUAACGUCAGUGUCUGUGUAAAACGAGGUGUUUUGUAUGAAGUGUCCGGGGUGUAACGAUAAGCAGCCUUUAAUAAACGUCUGACUGCAAGGCACAGACUUCCCCUCAUCAAAUGAAAAA